CCAGCGAUUCAAAAGUGUUUCGCUUUCUCAAGUGCGCGGUUACUACCCAAAAAUUUUUAAGUUCUUUAACAUUAAAUAUUAAUCAUAAUGAGAAUCCUUGCGGAGAACCACGUCCACCUUCUGGAUCCUUCGGAGCUGAUGCGGCCAGAGCCCACAUUUGCCGACAAAAAUCCAUCCAAAUUCCGGGACUACAGUGUGGACACCACUGAUCCCUUGAAGGAACGUGUUCGUCAGACCUAUCGUCAGAUGCACUUGAACCAGACUGUGGAUUUCGUCAAGGGUCGCCGCGAUCGCUGGCUAAAGUUCAACACCAUUAAGAUGACAGUGCGUGAGGCUCUGGAGAAGCUAAACGAUCUAGUGGACGAAUCUGAUCCCGAUCUGGAUUUGCCGAACAUUAUCCACGCCUUCCAAGCAGCCGAGCGUGCACGUGCCGAGUUCCCAGAGCACGAUUGGCUACAUCUUACAGCUCUCAUUCACGAUCUUGGCAAGAUUAUGGCCUUCUAUGACGAGCCACAGUGGGCAGUGGUGGGUGACACCUUCGCUGUGGGUUGCCGUUGGGGCGAUAGCAUCGUCUACCGGGAUGAGAGCUUUGAGGGAAAUCCCGAUGGAGAUAAUCCUGACUAUAACACCGAGUUGGGAAUCUACCAGCCCAACUGUGGUGUGGACAAUCUGCUAAUGUCCUGGGGACACGAUGAAUACAUGUAUUCAGUGCUGAAACACAACAAGACUAAGUUGCCCGAUGUGGCAUGCAACAUCAUUCGCUUCCAUUCGUUCUAUCCUUGGCACAAUGGCGGUGACUACAAGCACCUGGAGGCACCCAAGGACGCGGAGACCAAGAAGUGGGUGCUAAUCUUCAAUCGCUAUGAUUUGUAUACUAAGAGCGAGGUGGUUCCUGAUAUUGAGGCUUUGUGGCCGUACUACCAGACCCUGAUCGACAAAUAUUUGCCGGGAGUCGUGGAGUUCUAAGCAAAUUUUGUUUUCUAUACUUUACAAUCCUAUUUACCAGAAACCUUAAAUAUCCCCCAAAUAUUACAUUUUAUUUCUUAGAUAACAUAUAUACUUAAAAUAUAAUAUAAUACAUGUCUUUAACAUAUACUCAAUAUAAAAACAUUCUACAAAAACUAAGAGUGCUAAAGAUA